GGCGCUGGUGCAUGGCGGCGCAAAUGGCAGCGCAAAUGGCGGUGGGUUUCGAGUUAUUCGAACAAGGAGCGCACAACCGGCCGGCACUUGGCGCACCGACGUCGCGUCGCGCGGUAUGCGUUUCUUCCUUUAUCUUCGCUCUCCAACUUUCUGUUUUUCCUUUUUUUUUCUUUUUUUUCUUAUUAUACACCUUUUUAAUCCUUCAAUUCCUAUUUCCUAAAACAAUAAUAGUCAAAAUGCACGAUAAAAUGCACGAUAAAAUAAUGCACGAUAAAAUAAUGCACGAUAUUAACAAUGCGGAAAAUUAUUCGUCGCGAAAAAAGAAGGAAUGAAAAGUCAAUCAAUCGUGUGAUGGUGUAACAUAAUAAAUAAUAAGUUGAUAUUGUUGAAAAGUGAGAUUAAAUAAAUAAAAAGGAAAAAGAAUAUACGUAAAGUGCGAGGAGAUAUUCUCUGCAAGGAUAUACGAUCUCGAAUAUGAAAAAAAAAGAGAGAUAAGACAGAGAAAGAUGGAAUAAGAUAAAUAGAAAAAAGGGAUAAGGGGUUCGAAAAAAAUGAGUGUGAUGAUAAAUCAGUGAAAUAGAUAAAUAAAAAAGUGAAAUAAUAGAAAUAUGAUGGAGAUGUUAGAACGUUAAUAACAAAAAUUCAUUGAUAGAAUUGAAAUAGUGGUAUCGUCGAUGAUCAGCAACGUCCAAGAAAUUCAUAAAGGUUAAUCAUAAAGGAUAAUCACCAUCUGGUAUGCGCCAAGGACUGAUCUUCGUAGGUUCCUCGUCGAAGGAUCAUGCCGUUCGUGAUUCGAAAGGUGGAGCCGCGUUUCUUGUGCCGCGGUCACGUGCCAUCCGGCGCGGCGGCACAAGAGUUACCGGUUGGUGCCGAAUUGGAGGCCGUGGCGAACGGGGCCCUUACCGGUUCCCUCAAACAACUGGCCUCGCUCCUCACCACAGCCGAGGACAUAUUUGCCGAACUCACUCGGGAACUGACUGUGGUCGCUGAAAGGAGUGCCCAAGUCAGACGAAGACUCGACAAGGUCGAACAACGACUCAAUAUUGUCGACCCUAAGAAGGUGCCCGUUCCGGAGUCGGAUAUUUGCACGUUCGCGGCACGAACGGAACACUUUCACGUAACGAACAAACCAUCGACAGCGUUGUUCACGUCCAACACGAGACCUAAGGCACUCAAGGAAUUGUACGAAGCCGCUGGCGUGGUAGCUGUCAGAAGUUUGGAUUCGUUGAGAAGGGAUGGCAGCUCUAUGGAUAUGUUCCUCUGCACUCCAGUUCUUGGAAAAAGAAGGCGGGACCAAAGUCUCGACAUCGAGUCUAGAGUCCCGGCUGCUAUCGAAGAUCUACGAAGAUGGACAUCAGCAGAAGCACUCGGAGACGUCACCGUGCCACCGGACUGCAUGUCCAGAAUCCUCGGAGACACGGCCGACGACGAAGCCGUGGAUCACAAGUUGCCCAGUCCGGAGGAACAGGUUCAGGCUGUUGCACUCAAGUUCCCGGCGGAAAUCGUAGCGGUGGAUGUGAGCGGAAGAGGGUUCGAAAGGAUGUCAAUGAGAAGAAGGUCCUUGCUAUCGGGUCCUGAAAUUCAACAAGAGACAAACGUGAAGAGACGGUCGAGACCACGAAGGCCAAGAGGGAAGAGACGAAAUACGAUAGCUGGCACUGAUCAAAAGGAGAUUCGUCAAGCUAUCGGAGGAGAAACGACGGGAGACGAGCCGGAAGAAGCAAUGCCUAGCACAACACCGAGGGCUCAUCGUUCGGCUAGCACGGACAUACUUGGUUCUUCGUCGAAGAAGGAUACAUCGACGGAAAAGAAAUCCCACUUCAAUACCUUAAAGGCUUGGGGAAUGUCCAGGUUGAAGUCGAUCGGUGGCGGUCAGACUAAAUCAGGUGCGCAACAACAGCAGCAGCAGCAACAACAAUCGCAACUGCAAGAUACGAGGAACGAAUCGAGCGCAAACAGAUCCGAACAGGGUCAAAGCCAAUCAAAAUCGUCAACGGACGAAACGAAUAUUUACGAGACGGUUAAUAGCAGACGUAAAAAAGACAAAUCUCACCAAAGGAAGCCGAGCUCGUCGAGUUCCAGUGGUAAGAGUACCUCGUCGAUUCCGGUGUCGAUUCCUGUUACGUCGAUGCCCGUAUCGAGGCCGUCGAGUGCAGAUAGGGCACAGGGUAACGUUAAACUGCGCGAAAGCGCAGUGCAACGAAGAGAACGACGGAAAGGUAGCAGCAGGGACGAUGCACCUCAUUCCAGUUCCGGAAAUUGGAGCGCAUCCUCGGAAAGUGGUAGAGCUAGCAUCGGAAGCGAGACCACAACGACGACUCAUCAACCAAGGUCUACAACCACUGCAUCGAUCGGCACAUCCUCGACCUCGUUAAGUCACGCCAGACGUCUCAAAGGAAGGGACACUUCGGCGUCUUCCUCGGUUACCUCGGAAGGAACUUUAACACCCGACAUCAUACAAGACAUUUCUGUCGUACCAUUUUCCGAUGACGGCGAGACAUCGUCAGUUUAUUCGUGCGAUACCGAAGGCUAUUACACUUCUUUUCACGUAGAUUCCGGAUUAAAAACUUUGAGGGAAGAGGAACCAUUGCCGCAAAGUCCGCUAACUAAAACUAACGGCAUUGGUUCCGAUCCUACCUCGCCGAUAAUCGAGAACGAGUACGAAUUGUUUGGUCGAGGAUCUACUUCGACGACCACCAGUUCAGCCGGAACUGUUUGUACAGCCCUUUUGGCACCUCCACCGCCGGAAAGAAAAUCGAGUUUAACCGUAGUCGCUAUGGUUCACGGAGAAAAUCAGAACGGUGGAGAAUCCCCCGACAGUGGGCACAACACUUCGUCCUCGCCGGUCGAGUCAGCUUCGAGUCCAGCCUGCACCGGAAGAUCUUGUUCCGAAUUCGAAUAUUCCGAGUCGAGCGAUUUGGAAGGCUGCGAGAGGAUCGAAAGAAUUCGUUCAAAGACUGCGAUCAAUUCCAGUCGGAUACCAUCUAUGUGCGUGAUAACCCCACCUUGUUCCGACGACGAACACGCCAAAGAUGUCGAAUUAUCGGAUAAACAGCAUCAAAUUCGAAAUAAGAACGAUGUACAAGCAACGGGAUCGGUCUUGAUGUCUGCCACCGUUGGUACCUCCAAAAUGGAAGUGAUCAAUGGACAAGAUAAGAACCUUUAUGCUACCGUCCAACACGUAAUACCGUCUUCCACUGGCAACGAUAGCAACGGCAACAAUGACAGACCACCGAUAACGAACAAUCAUCAAUCAUCGCAAAUGAAAAUCAGUCCAUUGAGUGGAGUAUUGGGUAAACUUCGCGGCGUACUUCCAGGUAGGAAGCACGUCUCGAAGAACGCGGUUCAUGGUCUAACCAAUGCGGACUCCGGCGACUAUGUUACAAUAGCCGACGUGAGGAACAACAACGACAAGCGACCGGAAUCAGGCUCAUCCUCUAGCACAAACUCCUUAGCUCGUUCCCCUGUCACUUAUGCGAAUUCCGAUUUAUUCAAAAGAGACGCGGAAUAUGUCUGUCUAAGCGAAUUACCCAAAAAACCGGAUUCCUCGUUGGAAAGGAAAAGACAGGGCGCGAGAGUUACUCUCGAUUCCGAAGGCAAGGUUGUUUACUCUUCGGAUAGUUUGAAGAGAAGAAAAGGAGCACACACAACCUUCAAUCCAGGUCCAUUCGUAAGAGAAGGAACAUCACCUAGCCCAUCGCCUUUAUUGCGUCGAGCAAUGCCAAAUGUCCGAGCAGUAAUCAAAAGUCAGGACACCGUAGACAGCAGCCAGAAAAGGACACCAUCUCCCACACCCCCAUCACCUUCGCCAUUAACUGCGUCAGCUACGUCACCGCCUACAUCACCGCAAUUGGGUAAACUCAUAAUUCGGGCGGCGAAGAGCCCGGACAGAGCCCCGAGUCCGGAUUACGUGAGGACACCCGCUACCGUGGUGGGUCCAAAGAGUCCCACCAGUCCUCACAAACAAGUACGGGGAGCGUACGUCAACGUGCAAGCUGGUGAAGAAGAGAAUGGUUUAUAUUUAGUUAUCCCGUCAAAAUCGAUAGUGAUGCAACAACCUCCAGCAUACAUCGGACCACCCGUGCCAGGGGAUAAAGAAAAAUUACACAAGUACAAAGAAAUAUCGAAGGAUACUAAUCAAGGUAAUCAUCAUCAAAGAUUGUAUCAAGAAGAAAUUCGAAAUCAAGGAAAUAACGAUGAAAAACGAGGAUAUCCUGAGAAUACCUAUACUCGAAACAAUACCCAGGAUCAUUAUCGUUACAACGACGAUCAAAAGUUCUUCGAACGAAAUAGAAUAGCAAGUUACUGUGAUCACCAAUUACGUAAUUGUGAGCAUCAGUCAGUUCAAAUACAGAAUGCAAAAAAUCAAGGAUUUUGCAUGGCCGGAAGGGUCCAGUGCGAUCAACAGCAAUUCUAUACUUUACCCACGAGGCGAGCUCAAAGAGAGAUCGAACCACCACGAAGCGUCACUCCGGACAUCACGAGAGGUCUUGGACGUAGUUCCCUCAGUGCAAUGCACAUGUUAGCCAGACAAGGACGAAGGCCCGUUGCCAAGCAGGUUACCGAGCAGGUUCCUAAGCAGGUUCCCGAACAGGUUACCGGGCAGGUUCGUCUCGCGAUAGGUAAUAGGAAGUUGGAAGAAUUCGAGAGGAGGAAGAGACUCCUGCAACAACAGCAAACAACGCCGAUCGUUGAUGUCAGAAAUAGAUUCGCAACGGCGUUGAGUCAAUCCGCACUUGGCUAUCGAUUCUUAGCUUCCUCUCCCAUCAACGAACCCAUCGCGAUGCCACCGGCUAGUACGAAUCUCCUAAAGCACGAUCCAAUUUCCCCCAUCGGUGUUGGUUAUGGUAACGGGUUUGAGUCUUCCACUCCUAUAACACGAUCGUCUCGAACCGUUGCCGAACGUCUCGCUCUAACAACCGGCAAUUCUACGUCCCCUGUACCAAGUUCUUCCGGCAGGAGUACACCCGUUCAAGGGUCCUCUUCUUCCGGUAGAAAUACACCGACAAAUUUGAUCUUAUCGCCGAGUAAAAGUACAAUGUCCAACGAGGAACUAUUCACAGCGAUUCAUAAAUCAAAGAAGAGACUAAACAUCAAAGAUGAUAGUGAAAACAUGUCGCCGUACGGUUCAAUGAAUUCUCUUGUUAAAACACCGCCCGGCAACAGACACAGUUGGAGUCCUGAAUCUCAAAAACAAACUGAGAUACCCAUUUCUCAAGCGAUUAAUUCUCCAUCGAGUACUUCGCGAUUAGAUUUCAAACGCUUGCUCCUUCAACAGAGCGUUAAAGUUGGACCUACAAGACUCUCGGCAGCUGAACAAUUAAAACUUUCCCGACAACAGUGUCAGCAGCAGCAGCAGCAGCAGCAGCAGCAGUUGCUGCAAUCACCCACUAUCGUCAAUCCCUCGCAAACUCCUUUGACCAAAGUAAUGAGUCCUCGAUCGGUAUGGAGAUUCCAAACCCCAAGAACUGACGUCUUGUCCUCGACCAUUAUCGAAGAUACCGCAGCUGAAGAAAAAGCUAUGAAACCGUCCCCGGAGAAUACCUCGCCUAUCUCGAGAUUGAACAGCAAAAGACAAUUGGAUCUCGGCAACGAUCCACCGCAACCUAAUAAUCUACGAAGUAUGAUGGAACAGGACAAUAUAUUCGAAUCCUGUGACGGUAGACUGUCCUCCGUCAUAUCUAACUCGUACUUCGAUAACAAAAAAGAUAAUCGCACACCGAAAAGAACUGCACAGAUCGAGCCAAAAGUUUUAUCUUCUUUUACCGUGGUUGAAAACGGCGCUGCCACCAUUACCACCACCGCCACCACCACCACCAUCACCACCAUCACCACCACCACUACUACUACUAAUAAUAAUACCGAUAUAUCUCUACAGUAUUCGCAGAACUCUGCACAAAUAACGUCGAAAGAACUAGAAACCGUAAACGCGAUCGAAUCCAGACGAUUGAGCAAUCAAUUGGCGAGAGCUCAAUUUCUAGCCAGCACACCGAUUUCUAACGAUCGACAAGGACAAAGUGCUUACUUUGGCAAACGUUUUCGAGCAAGAUCGGAAUCACCAAAACACGUUAAUUCUCAAAACGUUACUGCCCGUAGCCCGAGUGCACCAACCCUAGAAACUGCUCUCUGAUCUAAACAAUUACGAAAUAUGAUAAUAAGAAACACGCUCGUGUUUCUUUAUUUAUCAAUCAAACGACUGCUAAGAUUGAUGAAGAUUUAGACGAAUUUUUUUCAAGCAAUAAGAUUAAAACAUAAGAUAUAUUAUAUAUAUAUAUAAUGCCUUAUAUAACAUAAUCUCGAUUAUCGAUUAUAAAAGUCACGCAAUAAUAUAUUUUUUCUUCGCAAAGAAAAAAUCAACAAAAAAGGAGAAAAAAGGAACUCGUUGUACCAUAAAGUUAUAUGAGCCAUUAAUUUACCAAAAAUCUAUUCUGCAACACAAAAUAAUAAUUGAAAAAUAUUGAUAAAGUAUAGAAAAUGAAAAAAAUCAAUCAAGAAUGUGUUCGGCGAUAUGAUAUUAAAAAAUUCUACGAAUAAAUUUAAUUACUUUUGUGGCUCGUAAAAGGCUCAUAUACAUGUGAUACGCGAAAUCGCUAGGAUCAAAAAUAUCGUUCGCCUUUUUAUAUACUUUUUUUUAAAUCUAAUUAAUCCUCAAUCUUAUAUCUCGUCUUAAGUUAUUAAUUUAUUUUUCGCCUUUUGCGAUAUAAUAUUGCGCAACCUGUACCUCUCCUAUACGAUAGAAUUAAGGAGUCAUUUUUUAUGUAAAUAUGAAAUCGACGAUAAUUAUUGAAAAGAAAGAAAAAAAGAAUAUUACGUAAACCUGGCUUAAAGUCGUUUGCUUGCUCUAGUCUAGUCGGGGGGUAGUUUUUUAGUUAUCUUUUAUUUCUUAUUUAUCGAGAUAAUAAGGAUUUACGUAUAAUAUAGCGAAAGAUAUAU